AUGCCAACUCCUCCUCCUCCUUCUUCAAACCCUCUCACAUUUCAAUCUGUCAUUGCAGCUCUUUGUAUUGCACCUAUAUUUUUUCUCAUAACCGAAGCAUUAGAUCAUACAACUUGUGCAGUUUUGAUCCCAUUUAUCUUUCUAGCUGUUUGUUUAGUGGUCUUCCAUGCUGUUGCAAUUGUUGCUCAGAUUAUUGGCGCCGGACGAUUCUCAAGUCUCUUGUUAUCUCAAACACACAGACGGCUUAAUUAUCGUGAUCAAAUUCAGAUCUACGUGUAUCCGGCCGUCCGGCCUGGACACGAUGACCAAGCUUGGCAAGAUGGCUUGGAGAAGGUGCUACCACCACCCACUAUUUACAGUAAAACUCAACAUGAAGGUGAAGCUCAUGAAGACGAAGGAGGGGUAGUGAAAAGUUGUAAAAGGAGUAGUAGUUGGAAACAGUGUGCUAUUUGCAUGGAGGAUUUUGUGGAGGGUGAGUCUUGCCGUGUUCUGCCUACAUGUGAUCAUAUCUUCCAUUUGAUUUGUAUCGACUCUUGGUUGAAGCUUCAUCCAUCUUGCCCUAUUUGUCGCAAAUCUAUCUGCAAAUGUACCUCUUGUGUUCUUGAUGUUUGA